AUGGAAGACUUGGAGGACGAAGCCCAGUACGGUGCCUUGCCAUUUGAUUACUAUGUGAUCGAACAUUGGCCCGAGGGAAUAAAGGAGAGCCCUCAGAAAUGGGAGCAACUAGCCUGGAAAUACCAAGAGUUGUCGCUUAUCGCUCGAUUUGUCUGGCUUCCCACCCGUUUACUAUCCUGCGACUUUAUACUGAUCUUCAAUCAGAGCUAUCAUGAUAGAGCACAUAUGGUCCUUGCUCAGAUAAACUCCUCUGGUUUUACAGAGGAGCAGAUCGAAAUUUUGAAUACUCACCAGUCAAUCCACGAGCGAAAUAUUUGCGCAAGUCAAGCAGGUAGCAUGCAGACAGUCUGGCUUCGGACUUGCUACGAUAAGGACUUAAGCGAAAAAUACGAAGACAUGAAGGCCGAGGGCACGAUCGAGGCUGACAUAGGUUCUAAUCGGUAUCUCGACGAUAGUAGCCGCUACGCCUUUGACGAUGGGACGCCAGAUCAUUGGCGCCAGGUCCUCACCCGAGUACCAGGUAUCACGGACUUGAUGGGUAUUGAUGAAGAAAGAGGUUUCCUCGAAUACCGGUCGUGCCAGAAUAUUGAUGAGGUCCGGGCCCAAUGUGAGGAGCUAGAGAAUGAGGAAGACAGAUCCUUAGCCCUCAAAGAGCUAGAGUUUCAGGUCGUGGUAUACCUACUGGACCGCGAGGCUAUUGAAACGGGCCUGAUCAAGAUGCUUUGGCUGGACGAGCACAGCUGCUGUAUAUGGGAUAAUCGAAUACAUCCCGAUACUGUGGAAUGGCUUGCCGUGGCUUUUCUUGGGGCCACUCGGCUGAGCGAAAUGAACAGUUCUGGUCGAGGGUCCUUGAUUACCCAAUAG